AUGAAUAAAUAAAACAAUAACAAUAAUAAACAUGCAACAGAGGCUUGUUCAAAAUCUCUUGGUAGGUGAGCAACGUUUCUCCCCUCUGCAGUAUAAAGUUUUCUCAGUGUGCUGCAGGGGUUAAAGUGUGUGUGCAGUGUGUUUGCAGUGUGUGUGAGGUGUGUGUGCAGUGUGUGGUGUGAGGUUAAUCUCCCUCAGGACUCAGUGUGCAGCUCCUCUCUGAACGCUGAGCUCUGACUCUCUGAGAUGAAUCUGUCGGCGGUUUCUAAGAAGUUGUGGUGCGUCCACAAACUGCUGAUCCUGCUGCUCACCCCGCUCCUCUUCCUCCCGCUCAUCUUCACCCUUCCCGAGAAGGAGGGUAAAUGUCUGUACGUGGUGCUCCUGAUGGCGGUGUUCUGGUGCACCGAGGCGCUCCCUCUCGCCGUCACCGCCAUGCUUCCCGUCUGCCUCUUCCCCACGCUGGGAAUCCUUCCCUCCAAAAAGGUGUGCCCUCAGUACUUCCUGGAAACCAACUUCCUGUUCCUGAGCGGCCUGGUGAUGGCAUCGUCCAUCGAGGAGUGGGGGCUCCACCGGCGGAUCGCCCUGAAGGUGCUCACUAUCGUGGGGGUGAAGCCCGCCUGGCUGAUCCUGGGCAUGAUGCUGACCUCAUCCUUCCUCUCCAUGUGGCUCAGCAACACGGCCACCACCGCCAUGAUGCUGCCCAUCGCCAACGCCAUCCUGGAGAGCCUGUUCGGGGACCUGGAGUCCCUCAAAGAGAAGUGCAAGGAAAACCAGGAGCCCGACAACGAGGUCCUUAACGGUCCGUCUUCUGUAAAGCUGCAUUCACUGCCCUCAGUACACUCAGAGAAGCACAUGCUGUCCAUAGACGGUCCGGAUGUUGCCGAGCAGAGCGACCAGCGCUCGGCGGAGGAGAUCCGCUCUGAGUCGCAGUAUCAGAUGAAGGUGUGGAAAGGUUUCCUGAUCUGUAUUCCUUACGCCGCCAGCAUCGGAGGCACCGCCACGCUGACCGGCACGGCUCCCAACCUCAUCCUGAUCGGACAGCUGAAGAGCUACUUCCCAGACUGCGACCUGAUCAACUUCGGCUCCUGGUUUGCGUUCGCCUUCCCGCUCAUGCUGCUCUUCCUGUUUGUGGGAUGGCUUUGGAUCGCGUUCCUCCACGGGGGAUUGAACACGCGGAUGUGCUUCGCGAGGAACGACCACCGCGCCGAGGCGGAGGCGAGGGCGAGGGCUCUGAUCGAGGACGACUACAGGAAGCUGGGGCCCAUAAAUUUCGCAGAGGGGGCCAUCUCUUUCUUCUUCGUUCUGUUUGCGGUCCUGCUGUUCACCAGAGAUCCCAAAUUCGUCACCGGCUGGUCUGUGUUUUUUAAGAAAGGGUACGUCUCAGACGCCGUCACCGGUGUGAUCAUCGUCUCCAUCCUGUUCUUCUUCCCGUCGCAGAAACCCUCUCUGAGCUGGUGGCUCGACCCGCAGGCCUCCAACACCCCGUACGUGCCUCUGCUCUCCUGGAAGAAGGCUCAGGACUCGGUUCCCUGGAACAUCAUCCUGCUGCUGGGAGGGGGCUUCGCUAUGGCUAAAGCCUGUGAGGAGUCUGGUCUGGCGUCCUGGAUCGGGGGCCACCUGCAGCCGUUGGCCGAGGUCCCUCCGGCUGCAGCUGUCAUGUUGAUCACGGCUUUCCUGGCGUGCUUCACAGAGUUCGCCAGCAACACGGCCACCAUCAUCAUCUUCCUGCCCGUCAUCGCAGAGCUGGCGAUCCACGUCUCCAUAAACCCUCUGUACUUCAUGAUUCCUGCAACGGUCGGAUGUUCCUACGCCUUCAUGCUGCCCGUCUCCACGCCUCCCAACUCCAUUGCCUUUGCUUCAGGACACCUCAUGGUCAAAGACAUGGUGAAGACGGGCAUCGUGAUGAACGUGCUGGGCAUCCUGUGUGUUUCUCUGGCCAUGAACACGUGGGGGGUCGCCAUGUUUGACCUGCACUCGUACCCCGAGUGGGCGCACCCCAUCAACAAGACUGUUACCGACGUGCUCCUUUCCCACCCGCCUGUCAACGCCACGCUCUGAACACUUCAAAACCUCUUUCUGUUUCAAAAGAACCCUCCGGGAGCUCGGCUGCUGCCUGUCCGGGUGAGUUUCGUGCGAGGAACUCAAGUUUUACGGCAAAAACGAAGCAAAAAAAGCUCCUUUUAUUUUUAAUUCCUGCCUUUCUGAAAACUCGAGACUUCUGUACCCAGAUAUAUCCACAGCCGGACCUUUAAAUAUAUAUUCUAAACUCCAGUCAGGCGGUGCUGUUCUGUAUUGAUGCUCAAGGCGGACCUCUGCUGGAGGAAUGAGAGACUCCUCUGUGAAUAAUUAUUUUGGGUUCAAAUCACUGAGAGAUCAUGUUACCUGUUCAUAUGUUGGAGCCAUAGCACCAGACGAUGAUGAAUCCUGAAGAAUGAGUGUGUACAUGUUGUUACAAAGUGAUUUACUGUUACAAAUAAAUGUGUCUUAUGAUGA